AUGGCCGAGAAUUACCACAAGGAAGUCAUUGCCGGCCUCAAAGAUAGGAGCCUUUUUAUUCAAGAGGCUUUUAUUGACGGCAAAUGGGUCUGCAAGGACAAUAAGUUUGAUGUCUUUGAGCCGUCUACUGCAACUGUCCUAGGACAGGUUGCCAACUGCUCCCUCGAAGAUUUUCAAAUCGCUAUUAAGAGCGCUGAUGCUGCUCAUGCGAAGUACUUUCAUACUACGACCGGCGCCAGCCGAGGUGCCCUUUUAAGGAAAUGGUAUGAUCUAGUAAUUGCUAACCAGGAGGAUCUAUGGUUUUUAGUCGCUAAGAUUCUCUCUCUUGAGAAUGGCAAGACCUUCGCCGAAGCCCAAGGUGAGGUUGUCUAUUCUGCCAGCUUUAUCUCAUGGUUUGCUGAGGAGGCCACUCGAUCCUAUGGCGUUACAAUCCCCUCGUCUACCCCUCAUACCACUCUUAUGACCAUUCGCGAGCCUGUCGGUGUUUGUGGUAUUAUCACCCCUUGGAACUUCCCAGCCGCUAUGAUUACCCGAAAGAUCGCCCCUGCCCUCGCCGCUGGCUGUUCAGUGGUCAUUAAGCCCCCCUCUGAGACACCUUAUUCCGCCCUUGCCUUUACUAAGCUUGCUGUUGAGGCUGGUCUUCCUCCCGCUACCAUCCAGGUCCUCCCUACUCGGGAUCGUCAAGCCGCUACUGAGCUGGCUACAAACCCUCUUGUAAAGAAGAUCUCCUUUACCGGCUCUACCAAUGUUGGCAAGCUGCUAGCUAAGCUUGCCGCUGGCACAUUGAAAAAGCUUAGCCUAGAGCUCGGUGGUAACGCUCCCUUCAUUGUUUUUGAGGAUGCCGACCUUGACCUUGCCGCCGAGGGCGCUAUGUUUUGCAAAUUUCGAUGCUCCGGUCAGACCUGUGUUUGCGCAAACCGAUUCUAUGUCCAGAAGAGCGUUUCUAAGGAGUUUACCGCUAGGCUUAUUGAGAAGGUCCAUGCCUUGAAGAUGGGCAGUGGCCUUAAUGUAUCUACUACCCAGGGGCCUCUUGUUAAUAAGUCCGCUGUCGAUAAGGUUAAGGAGCAUAUUGCCGAUGCUACCUCUAAGGGCGCUAAGGUCGUUAUUGGCGGCAGCACUCCUGAUGGACCUGGUUUUUUCCAUCAGCCUACUAUUCUAACUAGUGUCACCCAGGAGAUGGCCGUGGCUAAGGACGAGACCUUUGGUCCUUUGGCCCCUAUUUUUGAGUUCGAGACCGAGGAGGAUGCCAUCCGCUUAGCCAAUGACACAGAGUUUGGUCUCGCCGGAUACUUCUUCUCUAAGGAUAUCAGCCGGGUUAUGCGUGUUGCGCAUAGGAUGCAAGUUGGUAUGGUUGGUGCCAAUACUGGUAAAAUCAGUGCCGCUGAGGCUCCAUUUGGUGGUGUCAAAGAGAGUGGCUAUGGGAAGGAGGGUAGUUUGUAUGGUAUGGCGGAAUAUCAGAAUAUCAAGUCUAUUACUAUUGGUAAUCUUGAUCACUAA